AUGGAAACUCUCUCUGAAGCCUACAGAGAACACCCUCUCCACCUCCGUCAUAUUAUCCCCUUAGACUUUUCUUCAGUCCUUAGCUUACCAGAUUCCCACUCAUGGUCUCUAUCUCAAGAUAAUGAUUAUUUUUCGUUCAAGGAUACUUCAUCAUCAUCCAUACCCAUCAUAGACCUCAUGGAUCCUAAUGCUAAGGAACUCAUAGGCCUUGCAUGUGAACAAUGGGGUGCUUUCCAAAUAAAGAAUCAUGGCAUACCCUUAAGUGUUAUUGAAGGGGUUGAAAAUGAGGCAAAGCGUCUCUUCUCUCUUCCCUCUGAGCAGAAGUUGAAGGCCCUUAGAUCUCCCGGUGGUGCCACUGGCUAUGGCAGAGCAAGGAUAUCACCAUUCUUCCCAAAGUUCAUGUGGCAUGAAGGAUUUACCAUCAUUGGUUCUCCCUCUCAUGAUGCCAAAAAGAUAUGGCCUAAUGAUUAUGCACGGUUUUGUGAUUUGAUGGAGAAUUAUGAGAAGCAGAUGAAGUUUAUAGCAGAGCGACUAACAGAGAUGAUGUUGGAGAUGUUGGAGAUAAGUGAGGAGAAAAGAGAAUGGGUUGGUGGAAGCAACAUUUGUGGUGCGGUUCAGUUGAAUUUCUACCCGACAUGUCCCGAACCGAACCGAGCCAUGGGUUUAGCCCCUCACACCGACACCUCUCUCUUCACAAUCUUACACCAAAGCCAAACCACAGGUCUUCAAAUAUUUAGGGAAGAAAAUGGGUGGGUUCCAGUGCAACCACACCCUAACGCCCUGGUCGUUAACACAGGCGAUCUCUUACACAUCAUUUCCAAUGCAAGGUUUCGAUGUGCUCUUCACCGCGUCACUGUGAAUAGGACCUUCCAACGUUACUCUGUGGCUUAUUUCUACUCUCCACCCAUUGAUUAUCUGCUUUCUCCUAUGCCCACUUCAUAUCUCAACUCUGUUCAACGUUUUCGUCCUGUCACUGUAAAAGAGUACAUUGGAAUUAAGGCCAAGAAUCUUGGAGAAGCACUUUCUUUCAUUAGUAUUUAA